AUGUCGCACUCACACGAAGGCGUGUCCCACUCGCACGAUAGCGGCUUCAACGCCCAGGAGCACGGCCACUCGCACGAGAUCCUCGACGGGCCGGGCAGCUACGUCGGGCGCGAGAUGCCCAUCGUCGAGGGCCGCGAGUGGUCCGACCGGGCCUUUACCGUCGGCAUUGGCGGCCCCGUCGGCUCCGGCAAGACGGCGCUCAUGCUCGCGCUGUGCCUCGCCCUGCGCCAAGAAUACUGCCUCGCCGCCGUCACCAACGACAUCUUCACGCGCGAGGACGCCGAGUUCCUCACCCGCCACGCCGCCCUGCCCCCCGAGCGCAUCCGCGCCAUCGAGACCGGCGGCUGCCCGCACGCCGCCGUCCGCGAGGACAUCUCCGCCAACCUCGCCGCCCUCGAGGACCUGCACCGCGCCUUCGCCACCGACCUCCUCCUCAUCGAGUCUGGCGGCGACAACCUCGCCGCCAACUACAGCCGCGAGCUGGCGGAUUUCAUCAUCUACGUGAUUGACGUGAGCGGCGGUGACAAGGUGCCGCGCAAGGGCGGGCCGGGCAUCACGCAGAGCGACUUGCUGGUGGUGAACAAGACGGACUUGGCGGAGGCGGUGGGCGCGGACUUGGCGGUGAUGGAGCGGGAUGCGCGGAAGAUGCGCGAGGGCGGGCCGACGGUGUUUGCGCAGGUCAAGAAGGACGUGGGCGUCCAGCACAUCGUCAACCUGAUCCUGAGCGCGUGGCGGGCGAGCGGCGCGGAGGAGGAGCGCAAGAGCAAGGGUGGCCCCAAGCCGACUCCAGGCCUGGAGAGCCUGGCGAAGUAG